GCCGGCGGUUACGGAUUCGCCCUCGUCGAGCGUCGGGUGAAGGUGCGUAACCCCUGGGGCGAGUGGACACGCCGCGAGCAGGAUGAGCUGCUAGCGCAGCUGGGCGCUGCGGUCGUGCCAGAUGAGGGCAGCUUUUGGAUGAACUACGGGGACUUCAUUCGAGGCUUUGCCGUCGCCGACAUCUGCUAUGCCAGAGAUGGCUGGCAUGCCCGCAGCUUCGACGCCGAGUUCGGAGGGUCCGUCGGCUGCCGCAGCGCGCUGCAGCUCCGGGGCAGCGGGGAGUGUUGGGUCAUGGCGAUCCAGCCCACAGAUCGAGGAAAGCAGGUAAAGAGACCGCCCGGCUACUACUUGAACGACCUCUCCUUGCUGAUCUUCCAGGAGACCCAGGAUGAACCAAGUUUGGUGACAGCCGCGAUUGGGGGGGCUCGUCGUGAUGUGGUGAGCUCUGUAGUGCUGGAGGCAGGCAAGACCUACAGAGUGGUUCCCCUGAGCUUCCGUGGAAGCUCCAGUCGGGGUUCUUUUGUCUUGCGGCUCUACAGCGCUUCGCCGGUGCAAGUGCGUGAAGAGUCGCCCUCGCCGGAGCGCACCUGGGCGGCUUUCCACCGGCUGCUUUUGUCCCCGGAGCCCCCACCCAGAACCCUACGCCGGGCGCAGGAUUUCGAGGUGGGUCGGCUCGUGGUUUUGGAGGACCCUGCCAUGGCCGUGGGCCUCUUCGUGAACUUCGGCCCUGUGGGCCUCCUGGCGGACCUGAAGGCCUUCGGCAACCACGCGGCCUUGCGGACCCUGCAGGGGAUUCAGGAGGGCACCAGGGACGAGCAUCGGAACCAGCAAGAUGCCAAGAGACAGCCCUCAGACAAGAAGAAGGCCAAGGCGGAUUGGCGCCAACAUCAUCUCCAAGUCCACGUGCCGGGUUUCGCGCAGCUCCUGGCCUUUGUUGCCGUGGCCUUGCUGGAGAAGGACUGGGAGUUUUCCCUGGAAUCUUUGGAUGCAGAGCAGCUGCUCGAAGACUCCAUGGAGAAGCCGCCGUCUUCUACCCAUCCCUUCGCCCCCGUUUCGCUGGAACAGCGCUCUGGUGGCUCCGAUGGCCUCGAGCUGGAGGACUUGGAGCUGCAGGCGGCCCUGCGCGAGAGCGCGCGGCUCGCGCAGCUCGCGCCGGCGGGCGGCCGGGAGCCCGACAGCGCCCGAAGCAGCGACUCCGACCCCGAGCUGCAGUUGGCCCUGAGCAUGUCCCUCCUGGACGAGGCCCCAAAGUCGGAGACUGGCAAGGCGGGCGGCUGCGCUCCUGCAGACGAGGAGCCGCCGCCACGCAGGGGACGCUGGAUGCGCCGAAGCAGGCAAACAUAG